GAGUGGAUCCGGAUCGUUCACGAGCUUCGGCUCGUCACCUGACAUCCGCCAAUCAGAGGCCGAGGGAGGCGGCGUCCUGGCGCUAAAGGCAGCGCAAUUAACCAGAGGGGAGCGCAAUUCAAAUCCAAAACAGUUGCGGAGGCGCGCAGCGGCAGGAAACACACACCGACACACUCCGGCUGCCGUAGCGGGUCAGAGAGGAGCGCAGUCCGGAACCUCGGGUCCGGAACCUCAGGUCCGGGUCAUCUCGGAGCGGAGCCGCGUCCUCCCAGUUUGCGCUUUUUUUCCUGGAAGCGGCGCAUCUCCUGCGGACUUGAGGGAGGAAUGCUGAUCUGUGAGCGGAUCGCCGCCGUCCUCAGCUCCCGGUGACUCCCGGCGGGGCUCCGCGCCCUCCGCGGCCGCCCGCAGCGGCUCUCCCCCGGCCUCUCUCGGCUCCAGCGGCCGGUCUUAUGAGCGCGGCGUUCGGUCCGUCCUUCAUGGUGAUGCAGCGGCCACUCGGAAGCACCACCGCCUUCAGCAUCGACUCCCUGAUCGGCGGGCCCCCGCAGCCCAGCCCGGGACACUUCGUCUACACCGGGUACCCGAUGUUCAUGCCCUACCGCUCCGUGGUGCUGCAGCCGCCGCCGCCGCCGCCGCCGCCGGCGCUGCAGCAGGCGCUGCCCGGCGGACACCACCCGCAGAUCCCCGGGCUGCAGAGCGGCUUCUGCUCCAGCCUGGCGCAGGGUUUGACGCAGGGUUUGACGCAGGGUUUGACGCAGGGCAUGGCGCUCACCUCCACCCUCAUGGCCUCGCUGCCCGGCGGCUUCUCCCCGACCCAGCAGCACCAGGAGGCCGCCAGGAAGUUCGGCUCGCAGGCGCUGCGGCUGGAGGCGGAGGACGGGAAGAGCUUCCUGCCCGGGAAGGAGUCCGCGCUGCCGGCCUUCCACGACGCGGACGCGCCGCUGCAGACUUCCACAGCCAGAGUUCUGUCCAAGGACGAGUCCAAGGAUGAGGACGGCGGCCGGAAGGACGAGAGCUUCUCCAUGGACAGCGACCUGGACUACAGCUCCGACGACAACCUCACGUCCCUCUGCCACAAAGAGGACGCGGACGGCGGCGGCGGCCUGGACGACGCGCCGCACCUGCACGGCGCGGCGGGCGGCGGCGGCGGCUGCGCGGCGGGCGGCGGCGCGGCGGGCGGCGGCAGCGGCAAGAACCGGCGGCGGCGCACCGCGUUCACCAGCGAGCAGCUGCUGGAGCUGGAGAAGGAGUUCCACUGCAAGAAGUACCUGUCGCUCACCGAGCGCUCCCAGAUCGCGCAUGCGCUCAAGCUGAGCGAGGUGCAGGUGAAGAUCUGGUUCCAGAACCGGCGCGCCAAGUGGAAACGGGUCAAGGCCGGAAACGUCAACAACAAGUCCGGGGAGCCGAGCCGGAACCCCAAGAUCGUGGUUCCGAUCCCGGUGCACGUCAGCCGCUUCGCCAUCAGGAGUCAGCACCAGCAGAUGGAGCAGGCCCGGCCCUAGGACGGUUCGGACGGGUUCUGAGCCGAACCGGAACAACCAGACUCCUGUGACAUCAUUUGUUUUUGACUCGUUAAAUUAAAAUGUUUCCUCUUCACUCCGUGACUCUGCUGAGACGGAUCUCACUGAACCGUCCGCGGUUCUGUUCGGUUCUUUUUAACGUCUGAGCCCGAGAACGUUCAACCUGCUGAAAGAGCCGCAGUUUUUCACCGCAAAGUGCGCGUGGAGCAGCUGAUGAUGUAAAUACAGACCGGAAGCUGCGCGCGCAGGACUGAAUGAAGCUGCUAACUUAUUUAUACACUGAUGUGAAAACCUGCGA